UGUCAUUGGUCUUGCUUGGUCCUUGAUUGUGAUUGUUAGCUUGUUAUAUCAAAAUUAUAAUCCAUUUGUAAAUACAAAAUAUAUUUGUAAUAUGUAAUAGUCUGAGAGCGACUAGUAAAAUAGUUAUCUGUGCAUAAUACAUGCUCUGUGUUAAAUACAAUAUAGUACAUUUAUUCUAUGAAAUAUCAUCAAGAAUGUGCAGUGUGCAGUGAAUAAUGUUUUACAUGCUAGCGAUAAACAUUAUGGUUACCUAUUUUUAAUAUUGAAGCGAAUUGUGGUUGUGACUUCUGCGAACGCUGAUUUUAUUUUCACUGUAGAGGUAGAUCUAUAGGCAAAACAAUGUCAUCGCGGCACGAAGUACAACGACAUGAGCGUUCAGAAAGCGCAUCUUCGAAACAACGAAAUGACCACAGACAUAAAAGUUAUGAAAGGACUCGACCUCAGUCUCCUAAGUCAUCAAAGCAGAGAUCUGAUAGCAGAGAUAGAACUAAGCACAAAAAGAGUAAGAAAAAGAAAAGGCAAUCAUCUAGCAGCAGUUCAAGUAGUGAUGAAGAGGAGCUGAAGCUGCUGCAAAGGCUUGAAGCUGAACGACUUCGGCUGAAGGAGGAAAAGAAAAAACAGAAAGAACUACUAAAGGCAAAUGAAACACCAGAAGAAAAGAGGGCUCGUCGUUUACGGGAAAAACAAGAAAAGGAGCGCAAGCGUCGUGAGCGCAUGGGCUGGGAUAAUGAAUACCAAUGCUACACCAAUCAAGACAACCCGUUCGGGGACUCUGCGCUUACAAACACUUUUGUCUGGACCAAGAAACUUGCUAAGGAAGGCGUCAAGACUGUGUCACGUGAUGAAUUAGAAGCUCUCAAUCGACAAAAGCAGUUGGAAAAUAAAAUAGAAUUGGAAAAAGUGAAGCAGCGCCGCCUGGAGCGCGAGGCGGAGCGCGUGGCGCGCGAGGCGGAGGCGGCGGCCGCGGCGCGCGCGCGCGAGGCGCUGCAGUUCCACACGUGGGCGCGCCAGGAGGACGCCUUCCAUCUGCACCAGGCGCGUCUACGCUCGCAGAUACGCAUCCGCGACGGACGAGCCAAGCCCAUAGACCUACUGGCGUGGUACGUGAGCUCGGAGGAAUGCGUGGAUGCGCUGGAAAUGCACGAGCCCUACACUUACCUCAACGGUUUGCAGAGCCAGGACCUGGAAGAUCUGCUAGAAGAUAUCAAGGUGUACAAGGAACUGGAGAACAACGCGAACCAGGCGUACUGGGAAGACGUGCAGACCAUAGUGCUGGACGAGCUCAGCAAGCUGCGGCGCCUGGCCGCGCCCGACGCGCGCCGCGAUGGCGUCCACCAGGCCGUCGCCGACGACGUCACGCAGAUAUUCAAAGGCAAGACGGGCGCGCAGCUGGAGGCGCUGCAGACCCAGAUCGAGCAGAAGAUCAGCGGCCGCCACGACGGCGUCGACGUCGGCUACUGGGAGAGCUUGCUCAGCCAGCUUAAAGCGCACAUGUCGCGCGCGCGCCUCCGCGACCGCCACCAGACCAACCUGCGCCGCAAGCUGCAGCUGCUCAAGCAGGAGCAGGGCGUGCAGCCGGCGCGCGGAGACCAGGCGCGCGGAGACCACGACGUGCAGCCGGCGCGCGGAGACCAGGCGCGCGGAGACCACGACGUGCAGCCGGCGCGCGGAGACCAGUCGCGCGGAGACCACGACGUGCAGCCGGCGCGCGGAGACCACGACGUGCAGCCGGCGCGCGGAGACCUCGACGUGCAGUCUGCGCACCGAGACCAGGACGUACAGUCUGCGCACGGAGACCAGGACGUACAGUCUGCGCACGGAGACCAGGACGUACAGUCUGCGCACCAAGAGCAGAACGUGCAGUCUGCGCAGCAGGGACCGAGCUCUCAGCCCGCGCAGCAGAACUUGCAGCUCGAGCAGGGCGUGCAGGAGCAGAGUGCGUCGCGCGCCGCCAGCCCCGCGUGGGACGCGGACGAGGGCGGCGCGGCGGCGUGCGUGGCGCUGUACGAGGCGGGCCGCUACUCGCCCGCCCCGCUGGCGCCGGCCGCGGUUCACACGGGCUUCGAGUGGAACAAGUACAACCAGACCCAUUACGACAUGGACAAUCCUCCUCCUAAGAUCGUGCAAGGUUACAAGUUCAACAUCUUCUACCCGGAUCUAAUAGACAAGAAUUCCACGCCGGAGUUCUCUCUGAAACCGUGCCCCGAGAAUCCAGAUUUCGCAGUACUGAGGUUCCACGCGGGCCCGCCUUACGAAGACAUCGCGUUCAAGAUUGUGAACCGCGAGUGGGAAUACUCGUACAAGCGCGGCUUCCGCUGUCACUUCCACAACAACAUCUUCCAGCUGUGGUUCCACUUCAAGAGAUACCGCUACCGCCGCUAGACCGCCAUACACAUUAUUUACAUGCAAAAUGAACAACUGCAUUAAAAAUAUAUCCGAUGUGACCGUCAUUUAUUAAAUGGAUGAUGGGAA